AUGUAUCCUGGUCAAAUCCCUGAUCUUGAGCUUCUCUUCCAAUGCCACGAUAGACCCGCCAUUUGGAAAAGAGACUUUAAUAUAAAGGAAAAGGACAAGUGGCCUCCUGCGCCGUUGUUUCAUUACUGUGGCCACCGUGAUGCUUACGACAUCGUUUUCCCUGAUUGGAGCUUCUGGGGUUGGCCAGAGCUUAAUAUAAAGGAGUGGAAUAAGUUAUCGGUGGCACUAAAAGAAGGGAACAAAAGAGUGAAAUGGGAAGAUAGAGUUCCUUACGCUUAUUGGAAAGGAAACCCUCAUGUUCAUGUUAUAAGAGAAGAUCUUAUGAAAUGUAACUUCUCCGACAAGUAUGAUCCCAUGGUUCGUCUCUAUGCCCAGGAUUGGAUAAGAGAGGUCAACGAGGGGUUUAAAGGAUCAAACCUAGAAGAUCAAUGCACUCAUAGAUAUAAGAUCUACAUAGAAGGGAUUGCGUGGUCAGUGAGCGAAAAGUAUAUACUUUCGUGUGAUAGUAUGACUCUGUUGGUUAAACCAGAGUACUACGAUUUUUUCAUUAGAAGUAUGGUCCCUAUGAAGCAUUAUUGGCCUAUUAGACCAAACAACAAAUGCCGUGACCUCAAAUACGCAGUCGAAUGGGGUAAUAACAACACCGGAAAGGCACAAGUCAUAGGGAGACAAGGAAGUGAGUACAUGAUGAAGAAUCUAGAGAUGAAGUACGUGUAUGACUACAUGUUGUAUGUGUUGCAAGGCUAUGGCAAGCUGAUGAAGUUGGAUGUGACUGUGCCUGAAAAUGCUACCGAAGUGUGUUCAGAGACGAUGGCUUGUCCGAUCACUGAUGGUGGACUGAUCAGGCAGUGCAUGGACGACUCGUUGGUUAUGUCUCCGAGUGCCAAGGUGGCUUGUGAUUUGCCAAGGUUUUAUGGAGAUGAUGAGCUCAAGAGGUUACUUAAGAAACAAGAAAGUGCAGAGAGAAAGGUUGAGAAGUGGACCGAUGAGUAUUGGAACUUGAGAGGUCCAAAAUAA